AUGGCUGCUGACUUGGCCGAUGUGUGUGGCUAUGGCCUCUUGGCUGCUGCCCCUGCUCCGAGCUUUCUGCUGCGUCGCCCGGGAAUAAGCGCAGAUGUGCAGCGCGCUGCUGUGCCGGCUGCUACCGUUCCAGCGAUCGCUGUGGACGCAGAAGGCGAGGCAAGCACUCCGAAGGUGUGGCCGGCAGAUUCACGUGCAUCAUCCUCCGGCAUGGUGUGCAUGACAUACAACGUCCUGCUCCCCAACAGCCAGGAUGGGUGGUGGAUCUACAAGUACUACCGCGACAAUGGCCCGCACACAUCGUGGCCUGCGCGCCAGGCGCUUCUGGAGAAGCAGAUCUUGCAUUGCCAGCCCGAUGUUCUUUGCCUUCAAGAGGUGUCCGAGCCGUCCUUCAGCUCGGACUUUGCCUUCUUGCCGGCCGCCGGCUACGAGGCCGUUCUCCACGACAAGAAAGGCCGCAUGCGCCCGGCCACUUUCUGGCGCAGCAGCGAGUGGGAGAAGGUUAGCGUGCAGCACAAGGACCGAACUCUCGUUGUGACUUUGCGCAAGCUUGGCGGGCAGAAUGCUGGCAAAACAGUCUUUGUUGUCAACGUCCACCUAUCCGCGGGCCCAAAUGCUGACAGGAGGCUGCGGCAGGUGCAAGAAGCCCUGGACGCCGUCAGCAAGGAGGCGAAGAAGCUGCAGUUGGAGGACUCGGCGGUCCUGGUGUGCGGCGACUUCAACUCGCAGGGCAACUCUGCUGUGCGAGAGCUUCUCUUGAAAGGUGUGGUCAAUGCGGACUUUCGCGAGUCCGGCGACCCUACUGAGAAAGGUCAAGAGGGUCGACAGGUCACAUCCAAAACGAGACAGCAGAAGCUCGGCGAGUUCCAAGAUGCUUUGGACGUGGCGUUUGCCGGCAGAGCUCCUGCUACAAUCAUUGCUCAGAAGGUAGACGACUUGAUGCUCUAUGAAGAUGGCACUCCAACUCCGGCCUUGCUUGAGGCAGUAGAUAAUGCAUUCAUGAGCUGCUCGAACGGCCGCGAUUUCAUGAAUAGCGAGGACAUCGAUCGGUUCCUCCUGAAAAUCAACCGGGAGCUGGGUCGAGGAAGCGAACACCGAUUUGUGGAGGCAGCGGUCGAAGGCAAGGGCGAGCGACGCUUGAGCCGGGAGGACUUUCAGGCGCUUUAUGCAGCAGAGCUGGCAGAGGGCAAGUUCUGGGGCGUGGAGCACGAUCUCCGAGAGCUUUUGGGAUCAGGCCUGUGCAAGCCCCAACAGGGCCCUUGCCAGCUGCGCUUUGACUACAUAUACUUCACGUCCUCAACGCUGAGGCUCACUGGGGUGCAGGAGCCUCUCACAAAGGCGCAGAAGCUGCGGAUCUUCGCAGAGCCCUGGGAGGUGCUGCCGAAUUCCUGGCAUCCGUCGGACCAUUUGCCGGUGGUGGCCGCUUUCGACUUUGCAAGUUAA